UCAAAGAUGGCAGCGCUCGCCGGCAAUCUGAGGCAGCGCGCAUGCGGGCGAGAGGGCGGGCGGCGCGGUGGCUGCCGGGAGGAGAAGCGGCUUCAAAGUGCUGUGUAAUAAGCUCGAGCCGGAGGCCCGGUAACCGCCACAGCCGCCGCCGCCACCACCACCACUAUGCCUGACUACCUGGGCACCGACCAGCGCAAAGCUAAAGAGGAGCCGAAGGAGGAAGCCGAUAAACCCAUCCGAGCUUUGGAUGAAGGGGACAUUGCCCUCCUCAAGACCUAUGGCCAGAGUACAUAUUCCAGACAAAUCAAACAGGUGGAGGAUGACAUCCAGCAGCUUCUCAAGAAAAUCAAUGAGCUGACAGGUAUUAAGGAGUCGGACACAGGUCUGGCUCCUCCAGCAUUGUGGGACCUGGCAGCAGACAAGCAGACACUUCAGAGUGAGCAGCCAUUACAGGUUGCAAGAUGUACAAAAAUCAUCAAUGCAGAUUCAGAGGAUCCCAAGUAUAUCAUCAAUGUGAAGCAGUUUGCAAAAUUUGUGGUUGAUUUGAGCGACCAAGUGGCUCCCACGGACAUUGAGGAGGGAAUGAGAGUUGGUGUGGAUCGAAAUAAGUACCAGAUCCAUAUUCCAUUGCCUCCAAAGAUUGAUCCCACUGUGACUAUGAUGCAGGUGGAGGAGAAGCCAGAUGUGACCUACAGCGAUGUUGGUGGAUGCAAAGAGCAGAUAGAAAAACUGAGAGAAGUGGUGGAGACACCUUUGCUGCACCCAGAGAGUUUUGUUAACCUAGGCAUUGAGCCACCAAAGGGAGUCCUGCUGUUUGGGCCACCUGGAACUGGGAAAACUCUGUGUGCCCGAGCCGUAGCCAAUAGGACUGACGCCUGCUUCAUCAGAGUAAUUGGCUCUGAGCUGGUCCAGAAGUAUGUCGGAGAGGGCGCUCGGAUGGUUCGUGAACUUUUUGAGAUGGCCAGAACCAAGAAAGCGUGUUUGAUAUUCUUUGAUGAGAUUGAUGCGAUUGGAGGUGCUCGGUUUGAUGAUGGUGCUGGUGGUGACAAUGAGGUGCAGCGCACAAUGCUGGAGCUCAUUAACCAACUUGAUGGUUUUGAUCCCAGAGGCAACAUCAAAGUACUGAUGGCAACAAACAGGCCUGACACACUGGAUCCAGCUUUAAUGAGGCCCGGCCGUUUAGACAGGAAAAUUGAAUUUAGUUUGCCAGAUCUCGAGGGUCGAACUCACAUAUUUAAGAUCCACGCCCGAUCCAUGAGCGUGGAAAGGGACAUAAGAUUUGAAUUGCUGGCUCGACUGUGUCCAAAUAGCACAGGGGCUGAGAUCCGCAGUGUGUGCACGGAAGCUGGAAUGUUUGCUAUCAGAGCUCGUCGGAAAAUCGCCACCGAGAAAGAUUUCUUGGAAGCUGUGAACAAAGUUAUCAAGUCCUACGCCAAGUUCAGUGCUACACCAAGAUACAUGACCUACAACUAACUUGACAAUGGUUGUUUAUCUUCCAUCAGUGUAUAUUUGCAUUCUGUAGCUUGUUUGUGCUUUUGAGUAGCUAACAAUUGUGAAACAAGCUUUGAUUUAAGACAUUCAGAGCCAGUUGUUUCCACUAUUAAGCUCUAUUAUAGAAAUAAAAACAAAUAAAU